GAUAAUUUUAAUUUUAAGAUAAAAAGAAAGUAGUAUGCAUUAUUCACCAAGGAGACAUGGCCUAUUUUUACCACAGUGAGUUUCGUGGCAGUAAUUGUGAACCAAUCACAUUGACCCACGUCUCAUCCCUCGCCCAUUUCCUAUAUAAACCAUCCCCGAUCUUCUCUCGUUUCACCAUUUCACGAUUCUCUCCGAUUUCUUCUCUUCUUUCUCCUUUUCUCUCAUCGCGCGAUUUCGGGCCGGGUCCUACAUUUCUGGAGCCAUCACCGAAAUCUUCCGUCGACAGAGGAAAAUGACAGGAUCACUACUUUCAAGAUUGAUCCUCCGCCGAUCUUCACAGCAGCAGAACCGAUUCAUCUGGCAACGAGGCAUUUCUCAGUCGGCAGCGGAGAGGACGAAAGACUCCCUCCCCGCAGAACCACCUGUACUACCGGCGUUUGAUCACGUUCCGUCGCCGUACUCCGGUCCCUCUGGCAGCGAUAUCAUUGCCAAGCGUAGAGAGUAUCUUAGCCCUUCAAUCUUCCAUUCCUACAAAACGCCGUUGAACGUGGUGGAAGGGAAGAGACAGUACCUUUUCGAUGAAAACGGGAGGAGGUACCUUGAUGCGUUUGGAGGGAUUGCUACGGUGUGCUGCGGGCACUGCCACCCUGAUGUAGUCGCAGCAAUCGUGGAACAAACCAAAAAGUUACAGCACUCAACGAUUUUGUAUCUCAACCAUGCCAUUACUGAUUUUGCCGAAGCUUUGGCUUCUAAACUUCCCGGUAAUCUUAAGGUGGCAUUUUUUACCAACUCUGGAACAGAAGCAAACGAAUUGGCAAUGCUGAUAGCAAAGUUGCACACUGGAUGCAAUGACAUAAUUUCAAUUAGAAAUUCUUACCAUGGAAAUGCUAGUGGGACAAUGGGGGCCACAGCUCAAAGUAUCUGGAAAUUUAACGUCGUACAGACUGGUGUUCAUCACGCUGUUAACCCAGACCCUUACAGAGGUAUUUUUGGCUCUGAUGGAGAAAAGUAUGCAAGAGAUGUCCAAGAUAUCAUUAACUUUGGAACUUUCGGAAAUGUUGCUGCAUUCAUGUCUGAAUCUAUACAGGGAGUGGGGGGCAUUGUUGAAUUGGCGCCUGGUUACUUGUCUGCUGCCUAUGAUAGCGUUAAAAAAGCUGGAGGUCUUUGUAUUGCUGACGAGGUUCAAUCUGGGUUUGGUCGCACUGGUAGCCAUUUCUGGGGAUUUGAAGCCCAUGGUGUUCAACCUGAUAUAGUAACAAUGGCAAAGGGUAUUGGAAAUGGCAUUCCUCUCGGUGCUGUUGUAACUACUCCUGAGAUUGCAAAGGCCUUGACUCACAGAAAUUACUUUAACACCUUUGGUGGAAACCCUGUUUGUACAGCUGCAGGAUUGGCUGUUUUAAAAGUAAUAGAGAAGGAAAAGCUUCAAGACAAUGCAUUUGUAGUGGGAUCCCAUUUGAAAGAGAGGCUUAAUGCCCUCAAGGACAAAUAUGAAAUAAUUGGUGAUGUGAGAGGAAAAGGAUUCAUGCUUGGAGUUGAACUUGUCACUGACCGCGAACUGAAAACACCAGCAAAAGAAGAAACCCUGCAUGUGAUGGAACAAAUGAAAGAUUUAGGAGUGCUGAUUGGAAAAGGUGGCUAUUAUGGAAAUGUAUUCAGAAUUACACCUCCCUUAUGUUUCAGCAAAGAAGAUGCAGAUUUCCUAGUGGAUGCCAUGGACUACACCUUAUCUAGAAUUUGAACUGUGAAGCUUAAAUAAGAUGCAGUGUAAAUAAAUGUCAACAAUGUUUUAUGAUGUUAACUUAAACUCUAUUAGAUUAUCAUCUAUCUCGAUUCUAGCAAGUAAAAUUUAUAAAUUUUUCAUGCAGAUUUUAGACCUACAUAGUUGCAAAACCGCCUUGGUGGAAAAUGAAUGAGCCAACAAUUCGUUGUCUCUUAGUUA